UUGUCACGGUAACCCGGAUGUACACAAAAACACGUGUCGGUGCUUUGCGCGUGUGAGAGAGGGAGUGAGAUCAGCGUUUGCAAUCAUGUUUGCUGAAGAGGAAUGGACUGAUUCUCCAUCAGCAGAUGGAGCAUCUCACACUGUUAAAGUGUCUCCUGCCCCCUGCAAGGAUAAGUCUGUGGCUAAAAAAAGUCUUUUGAGAACCUUGCAAACGCUGGGGUCAGUUCCUAACUGGGAAAUUGAGAACGUUUUUGAGGAUAGUGACGAGGAGAAAGACGCCUCUCCUGUAGUCCAGACAACGAAAAAGAAAAGGUGCAAAAAGCGUAAAAGAAGGUCUAAUGCUGAUAAUGAAGGGAAGCAGCAAAAUAAAGUAGAUUCACCUGAAACGCCUACGAAGAAGCAGAAGCUAAUGAAGAAGGCCGUGAAAGGAAUAAGUUCUAAGGUGUCACAAGAGUCCAGAAAAGAUAAGAAUGACAUAGGAGUCAGCCCUCUGUUGGAGAAAAACGAAAGUCAAGCAGAGACAAAGCUAAGCAGAAAGCAGUGGAGGAACAAGAUGAAGAACAAAAACCGGUGUAAGAACAAGUAUCUUACGAAAACGACAGGUGUCGAGGAUGCCAAUGUAAAGAAGGAACCCUUAGUUAAAACACAGGACAUCAGCAAAUCCAAGAAAGUGCAGAAACAAAAGUCCCAAAAACUGACAGGUGUCGAAGAAGCCAAUGUAAAGAAGGAACCCUUUGUUCAAACACAGGACAUCAGCAAAUCCAAGAAAGUGCAGAAACAAAAGUCCAAAAAACUGACAGGUGUCGAAGAAGCCAAUGUAAAGAAGGAACCCUUUGUUCAAACACAGGACAUCAGCAAAUCCAAGAAAGUGCAGAAACAAAAGUCCAAAAAACUGACAGGUGUCGAAGAAGCCAAUGUAAAGAAGGAACCCUUUGUUCAAACACAGGACAUCAGCAAAUCCAAGAAAGUGGAGAAACAAAAUUCCAAAAAAACGAAAAAGUCUUGUGGAAAGAAUGGUAUUUCCUCCGCUACAGAUGAUGUUGAAAAUGGCAAAGACUUUAAAACAGAUAAAACUUCCAGAAUAGCAGAUCACUCUCUUAGCAACGGUAACAUCUCACAUGAACUGGCAGGAAAAGAGAAACCUUCUAAAAUGAUGAAAAAAUUACAGGCAGAGAAAUUGCGUCGUAUUUUAAAGUUGAGUCAUACUGAUGACGGUAAUGAAGCCACAGAGGAACCAGAAGAACCAAAAGGUACAAGAGUGAAUGUGAAGAGUGAUGAAGAGCAAAUGGCAACUGACCCCUCAACUGCUUUAAGGACAAAGAUGGUGAGGCAGUUAGAAGCCGCUCGAUUCCGCUACAUCAAUGAGCUGCUUUACACGUCGACCAGUCGUGAGGCCAAACGCAUGUUUCAGCAGGACCCAGAGGCCAUCGCGGUUUACCACAAGGGCUACACAACACAAGUUCAGCACUGGCCCACAAACCCUGUGGAUUCGAUCAUUUCCUAUAUUUGUCAAAAGCCACCUUCUUUAGUUGUCGCAGACUUCGGUUGUGGUGACUGUAAAAUUGCACGGAGUGUAAAGAAUAAAGUACACUCUUUUGAUUUGGCUCCGGUUUGUGAUCUUGCCACUGCAUGUGACAUGGCAAACGUCCCGCUCCGUGAUUCUACAGUAGAUAUUGCUGUUUUCUGUCUUUCUCUGAUGGGGACAAAUCUGGGAGAGUUUUUGGCAGAAGCAAACAGAGUCCUGGUGAUGGGGGGUGUUCUUAAAAUUGCUGAAGUGGCUAGUAGAUUUGAAAACAUACGUUCGUUCAUUGGUGCACUGUCAAGUCUGGGCUUCAAGAUAGUCAAUAAGGACACAGAAAACAGCCACUUCUACUCUUUUGAAUUCACAAAGACAGAAACAGCAACAGAGAAUGCGAAGAAAGCUGGACUUCAGCUGAAACCUUGCCUGUACAAGAAACGAUAAAUAUGCAUAAAGUAAAUAUUUUGCUUUAUGGUUGGGACUGUGUUGUGUGUAAGAAAAGUUUUAUCAGCAAUAAUUCAGUUUAAAGCAAGGGGCAAAUAUCCUCUUGACAUUGUAUUUGUAACCUUUGUAAAUCAAUGUAACAGGAACAUCCAUUGUAUAAAAAAGGCUUUAAUGUGAUUUGUGAAAGGCUUUGUGAAAAGUUUUAUAUAUUUGCUUAUGAUUGGAGUAAGCAUUUACCUGCAAAACAAACUGACUCCAUACGUAUUUUAAUUGGUCAAGUA